AUGUCCAGAAGAAAAGGUCAACCAAUCAUCACUUCCAAAGAAGAUGGCUCAUUCCGUGAAGCCUUGAAACUUUAUGAAUCCAAACAGUACAAAAAAUCAUUGAAAUUGACUGAAGGUAUCCUAAAGAAAAAUUCCAAUUAUGCUGAUGCUUAUGCCUUGAAGGCUCUUUUAUUACAUUUUUUAAAUGAACCUACUGAUUCAGAAUCAUAUGUUGGUAAGGCAAUUGCUAAAAACCCUGAUUCUCCAAUCAUUAAUCAUGUUUUGGGUAUUUUAAGAAGAAAUCAAUUGAAUUAUGUUGAAGCUGCUAAAUUUUUCAAAAAAGCUUUGGAUAAUGGUGCAACUAAUAAACAAAUUUGGAGAGAUUUGAGUACAAUGGAAGUUCAAAAUCGUGAUUAUAAAAACUUGUCAAUCUCAAGACAUGCUUAUCUUGAAGAAUUUUUAGGGUUUAGAGCAAAUUGGACCGGAUUAGCUACUGCUCAUCAUUUGAAUAAAGAUUAUGCAGCUGCUGAAAAAGUGUUGACUAAAUUUGAAGAGUUGGCAAAGGGGAAAUUGACUGAUGCUGAAAUGUUUGAACAUUCUGAAUUACAGUUAUACAAGAAUCAUUUAAUCAAUGAACAAGAUACUGAACGUGCUUUAAAAGAUUUGGAUGAAUUGGACACUUUGGAUAAAUUGGAUGAAAUGGAAUCCCGUGCUAAAUAUUUAAUGAAAUUGGGAAGAUCAAAAGAGGCUUCAAAAGUUUAUCGUCAAUUGUUGAAGAGAAAUCCAGAUAAUUUCAAAUAUUAUACAUUAUUAGAAGCUUCUUUGGGAACUUUAACCAAAUCACCAAAAUAUAGAGAUGCAUUGUAUCAAAAAUUAGUCAAGUUCUAUCCAAGAUCAGAUGCUCCAAGAUUUAUUCCAUUAACUUUUUUGAAAGGUGAAUUAUUUGCACAAAGAGUUGGUGAUUAUAUCUUGUCAUUAUUGAAAAGAGGUGUUCCUGCAACUUUUACAAAUGUUAAACCAUUAUAUUCAGACCCUGAAAAAGUUGAAAUAAUUGAAAAAAUUGUGUUAGACUUCUUACCAAAAUCUUUAGAAAUUUCACCAUUAGUUUGGGUUUGGACAAGUUAUUUCCUUUCUCAACAUUAUUUGAAGAAAGGUGAUGUGACUAGUGCUAAAACCUAUAUUGAAGCUGCAGUGGAACAUACACCAACUUUAGUGGAAUUAUACAUUUUAAAAGCUAGAGUUUAUAAACAUUUAGGUGAUUUCAAUAAGGCUGCUGAUAUUAUGAAUGAAGGUAGAUUGUUAGAUUUACAAGAUCGUUUUAUCAAUUCAAAAGCUGUUAAAUAUUACCUAAGAAGUGAUAAUGUUGAUGAAGCUUUAACCUUGGUUUCAUUAUUUACCAAGAAUGAUAAUUCUGUUAAUGGUGUUAAAGAUUUACAUUUGAUGCAAGCUAAUUGGUUUAUUAUUGAAAGUGCUGAAGCUUUUUUCAGAUUAUAUGAAACCAGUGUUGCUAAAAAUGAAUUGGAAGAUGCUCAAAAAUAUUUAGGUUUAUCAGUCAAAAGAUUUAAUGGUAUUGUUAAAAUUUUUGAAGAAUAUUAUAAUGAUCAAUUAGAUUUCCAUACUUUCUGUUUAAGAAAAGGUACUGCUAGAGCAUAUAUUGAUAUGGUUUAUUGGGAAGAUAAAGUGUUUGCUAAUCCAGUUUAUUGUCGUGCAGUUGAAGGUGUUUCCAAAAUUUAUUUCCAAUUAUUUGAUAAACCAACUAAAGAAGAAGAACAUGAAGAUCAUGAAGAUCAUAAGAAGAAGGACAAAAAGGCCAAGAAGGAUAAAAUUGCUAAACAAAAGGCUUUAGAAGGUGAACGUGCUAAACAUUUAGCAUAUGUUGAUGAUUCUGAUGUCUUUGGUGAAAAAUUAAUUGAAACUUCAACACCAUUAGAAGAUUUCCAAAAGAUUUUCUUCAAUCAUUUAUUAGAACAAGGUGGUGAUAAGAUCCUAACUAAUGAUUUGCAAUAUAAUGUUCAAUUUAGAUUAAAUAAAGUUGCAUUAGCUAUGGGUGCUUUAACAAAAUUGAAAACAUUAACA